AGCCUUCUGAACUUUCAACGUUCUGACCUCUUAGCUCUGAGAAGACCACCCCUUACCGCUGUUUGUACUAUACCCUUUGUCUAGAGGACGCAUUCCUCUACACUCGUCCGUAUACCUUUCAGCGUUAUAUGCAUUACUAGAACGCCAAGCUUGCUGCGAGCGACACCCUCCUUAGCAUUGACAUUCUACCGCCCCCAACUACCCCCCACUCUUUGGUUGAACCGUCUCACGUAUACCAUAUCUCAACAUGAUAUCUAUCACCAGCCCUCAAUCGACCCCGAAACGACCCCUUCCGCCAGCAAAGCUCCGCAGACGUGCCCCGUCUUUGCCAGCCCACCCGCCGCCGCCAUACGAUGACGCAAACGGUGACGCAGACCGCGCUCUGACCAGUGGGAUCGACGCGUCCACAGGCAAACUGAACCCUCCGCUAGAAGACUGGACGAAUGAGAAGUCUCGUGAAGAGCUCUCUGGCUUGCUGCUCGCCGCCGGGAGUAUGAUUCAUGACAGAGAGACGGGUGCGUCAGUCAUUAUGCCGGCCUCCUCUCAUGAGACUAAGGGAUAAUGGACACCAUCCUCCAUCAUGCGCAUUUCCCUUCAUACAGAGCUGGGUUUGACAUCUGCCCUUUGCAAGAACCUCUACGAGGCGAACCUCUCCCUGAAAAGUAAGCAUGACGCUCUGCUCGCGCGCAUACCGACGCAACUCGGCCAGACGGUCUCUCCGCUUCCCUCACCUACACGGGCUUUGUCCCCUCUACCUCCACUUCCGGCUACACCGCACUACUACAGCAUCUCUCGUCCCUCCUCGCCAUCCGCGACACUGUCACCCUCCCUUGGCCCGUCUUCUCCAUCACCGUCAGUUCUCUCCGAGCGCUCACGCAAAGGUCACGCGCGGCGCAUCUCGGUCACCCCUUCUGACUUGAGCUACCUCGCUGAUCAGAAUGCGGAACUCAUGCACAAGCUCGAGAAGCUCGAGGAGGAGAGCGCGCAGGCGGAUGCGCGCGGAAAGCGCAAGCUCAAGAAGCUGGAGAAGGAGAUUGGGCUGCUGAAGGAGGAGCUGGAGAAGACGCGAGAGCGCGGCGCCGAGCUGGAGGAGAGGGUCAUGAAGAAGGUGACUGGUGUAGACGACAAGGAAGAAGAGCAGAAGCGACGCAGGCGCGAAGAGAGGGUUCGGGCUCUGAGAAGGAAAGGCGCAGACGAGGACGAGGACGAGGAUGAGAAACCCGUCGUUGACUUCGCUCCCGCUCCAGAGCUGCCGAAAAUCAGGACGACACUCCCGGUCACCAUUCCCGAGGAAUCGGAGGCUGCUCUUGCUGAUGAAGCCUCGAUUCCGGAUAUCGCUAUCAUAUCUUCGUCCGGUGAUAUCAGCAGUUUAACCGCAUCCACGUCCGCUUCGACGUCGGCUUCCCCCUUGACGGCCACGAGUUCGCAGGCGCACCACCUUGAUUAUGCCAUCAUUGCUCAGCUACUCUCUAAGAUCCACGAGCUCGAAGAAACCAACAUCCAGAUUGCUACAGAACAGCGAGCUACUUCUGAACGCCUGCAAACGGCACAACGGGAAGUCGACGGUAUCAAGCGCGCUUAUGAUUGCCUCGGACAUGACGACGACGAGAUCGAAGUGUGCGUCGUCCCUGACGAUGAGGGCGAGGGCUCUUCUUUUGAUUGGCCCCGAGAUGGGGAAGCAGCAAGCGCUUUUGGCAGUCCUUUGCGAAGCGCUCAUGCUUCCACCGGACAUACUAUACGGUUCAGCAGUCUGCGACGUACUAUCGACGGCGACGCCAGUCGUCUCACUGUAGAUGACCCUAAGGACGACUUCGCGAGCGGCGUCAUGAGACAGAGCACAACCCGGAGCAUGCUCUUGCUAGACAAUGGCGAGGGUGGUGUUCGUACCAAAGGCAAGGAGACGAAACAGAAGGGUGGUAUACAGAAAACUCGGAAGACCGUUGUUGGACUCUUCGACAAUCCAGCUGAAGGUUCCUCCGAAGCUAGAGAGUGUACUGAUGACUACUUCGCCUCUCUGCACGCAUCUCCUUCUUUCCGCACUCUAUCGCCCAUGCCCAUUAGCCCUGUUAGCGCAACCCCCGAUAUGGGUGAUAUCUCUGGCUGGUCAAACGCUGCUACGGACAACGAACUCUCCUGUUCCUUCGACUCUUCCUCGUCACAGUCUGGCGAGUCCGACUAUGCUUCGCCUAUUCCCUCCACCGCCGGCUUUCUCACCUCAGAGUCUCGCUCGCCUUCGCCUUCGCCCUCCCAGCUGCUCUCGCAAUUCCCCUCUCCAGCUCCCUCCCCGUCGAUGCUCAAUGUUGGAGGCUUAGCACUGCAUACACUUGGUUCUGAGCUCGGUAGCGAGUUCGGGGACGACUGGGGCGAGCGCGCGGGGAACCAUCACCUGAGAGCGACGAGCCUGUGCGAGAUGAAUGGCGACGUGAGCAUGGAAAGCACUGGCAGUGUUCCGGGGGGUUGGGUUCUCGAUGGCACCGAGGACGACGCCCUGUAUGGGUCCGGUCGCUCCCGCAGUCUUACCAUUGAUGUUGAGCACGAAGACGAUCACGCAAGGACCAGCAGCGGCGCCAGCACUGCUAUUGCUCGGAGUGUCAGCGGGGCUUCGGCAUCGGGCUCUACGAGUCCUAGCGGUACUGCAGCUGGGACGCCUACCAGGGCGAAUUUCCCAUUCCACGAUGGGCUGCAUCCUCAAGUUGUGGUGCAACCGCCCACGCCAUCUGCUAACAAGUAUAGGAUCCCAGCCAAGUCCUUGAGGUCGCGCAACAUCACACCCAUCCCGUCGAGCAAGUCUAUGCCCGGCGACGGUUCUGGCUACGGCGUCAGUACUCUGGAGAAGGAAAGGUUGGAGAAGAUGAACAGCCGAAACGCCCGUUUAUCACAGACCGUCAGGGCGCGAACGAACAGAUGGGUUGAGAGGCGAUAUGCGGAGUAUGCUGUCCCUUCGCUCUCACCGGUCACUUCUCCGACCCUCCCCAGCGUGCCGUUCCCUUCAGCCCAGGACACGUUCUCCGGUGGGUCACUACGGAGACGGACGAUGCAAUUCCCGCUCAAGACAGGACAUGCAAUGGUCGUUAGCAGGCGCAGACGCACGGCAAGCACAGCGAAAGAGAAGAUGGACGAGUCGUUCGAAGACGCAGUGCACCGUGUGUCCCGCUCGAUCUCCUUCUCUGCCUCCGGCUCCCAAUCUGGUGUCGACUUUGCGAAGCUCCAGGAGAUGGAGCUUAACUUCGCGUGCUCGGAUGCCGAACCGGAGGGCGACAGUCCGCGUGGCCAGCAAAACUUUGUCAUGCAGGCUGCGCGACGAGAUGCUGCCGGCGCGGACAGGCUGUUUGCUAAGAAGGGCGGGUUCGUCGGGUUCGUGCUCGAGGUGUGGCUCUGGCUGCAGUUCGCGAUCGUCGUCGUCGUCUUCCUCUGGGCAAUGGCGCGUAAAGGACCGAAGAACGUCCUGGAGGACGCGGAGCGGAGUCAGCGGCAGUUGCAGAGGGCCCGGUGAAGCUAAGGGCUCAUUAUACCUUGGACUCAUCUCGCGUUCGAUUUGAUCUCCACCUCAUCUUGUACACAUCUUGUCACCUUAGAAUCUCGCACAGCAUCGGCUACUGCACGUUGUACAUACUCUACCUCACUUUUAUCUGCAUAAAUACGUUGUGAAUAUAUCGAGCCACUAUGAGUCCAGCGACUCCA